AUGGACUGCAGCCGCCCGACGGGCAGCCGCCCGAGCACCAGCGCCGAGCCCGCUCUCCCGGCCACCGCCACCCGCGACUCGAGCCCUGGGCAGACCGGGCCGGGAUUGGCAGGCCCGGGUGGCAGCGCACGUUCCGGUGGCGGGCGGCCGGCGGCGGCGAACGCGGCGCGGGAGCGCAGCCGCGUGCAGACCCUGCGGCACGCCUUCCUGGAGCUGCAGCGCACGCUGCCUUCAGUGCCACCAGACACCAAGCUGUCCAAGCUGGACGUGCUGCUGCUGGCUACCACCUACAUCGCGCACCUCACUCGCAGCCUGCAGGACGAUGCCGAGGCGCCGGCUGACCCUGGUCUGAGUGCCCUCCGCGGCGAUGGCUACCUGCACCCGGUCAAGAAAUGGCCUAUGAGAUCAAGAUUAUACAUCGGUGCUACUGGUCAGUUUCUGAAGCAUUCUGUCUCUGGAGAAAAAGAAAAUCAUGAUAAGAGUCCAGCAGACUCACAGCCUUAG